GCCGUACGUCGGGUAGGAUGUAUCACUAGUUGAGAUCUCUGUCCCACAGUGUAUCUCCCGGUCAUCGUCGAUUCAGCAUUUUCGGUGGCCAGCCCCUGGUGAGGGAAGAUUUAGGGAUCGCUGAGAGCGGCAAUCAUUACCUCGAUCGGAAAGGAACCGACGUCGGGGUUUACCGCUUUGUUUCCAAAAGGGAAAAGUGGUCCCUGUAAAUCAAAUCCACGCUUUCUCCCUUGUUUUUCUCGUCAUUCUCUUCAUGUUUCAAGGGCCUGGAAAACAUUGAAGCUUGAUUGAGCGACAUGUAUAGAGCUGAUGGUACUAUAUUCUGGUAUCAUCUUUCUGCCACUGGGCGAAAGUACAACCAUUUCUCGUCCUGGAAACAAGUUCUCGCUACCUCGAGGAUAGUGCUUCAUGCAUUCAUUUCCAUCAAUCAUAUCCGAGUCCACCAUCUCGGCAGAAGCGUAUGAACCUAUCAAAACGUCCGCGUCGCGGGUUCGUACACGCUCCCGCUCUUUCUCAAUCAGGCAGUCUUGGUCGAUCUUCUGGGUAACCCUGGCCCAUUCGAAAUCACCUGAAUGUCUUCUCGACAUCGAAGCGAAAGUAUAUAAGCUUCUUGUGGCUUCGAUUUUGACUUUUGGUGCUCUCACAACCUGCGUUUGCAUUCUUCACGCCUCCCGACUCUCGUUUUCUAGCUACUUUCUCUCAAGGUUUAUGUCUGAUUCAACGACGGUGAUCUCGGUUCCUCAUAAGACUCUGGGAGCGCUCUUGAUUGGUCUAAUUGUUUCGAGUGUAAUAUAUGGUAUAACAUGUGCUCAGAUAAUCCGAUACUACCGACAGUAUAGAUCGGAUUCGACUCGUCUGAAGCUUGCUGUGGGCAUUGUCUGGUUGUCGGAGACAGCUAGCCAAGUUAUGAUGGUGUAUGCGCUAUAUCAUUACCUCAUUCGUAAUCGGACGAAUAUCCUCGCCUUGGUGGACGUUAAUUGGAGUCUAGUGGUGCCAUUCGGAACUAACGGACUAGCAGCAUUAAUAAUACAAGCUAUCUUCGCGAGACAGGUUUACAUCAUGAGCUCGAGGAACAUAUACAUAACGGGAUUUAUCUACUUGAUGUCUAUCGCUCAGUUUGUUUUGGCCGUGGUUGUCAUGACGAAAGGACUACAUAGUGCAUAUGUCAUUUACGACAGGUUCAAAGUCCUCGCUCCACCGGCAUUUGCGAUCACGGCAGCCAAUGAUAUCCUUAUUGCGCUUAGCCUGAGUUAUUUUCUUCAUAGACAUAAAUCUGGUAUCGCCAGAACAAAUGGCAUCGUGAACCGGCUCAUCAUCCUGACAAUCAACAAUGGUGCUUUGUCGAGUGUCUUUGCGUUCGCCGCUUUGAUAUGCAUGCUGACAGCACCAGAGACGAUGGUUUCAAUCGCAAUGAAUUUCCUCCUUGGAAAAGCUUAUACCAACACGCUUCUUGCUAGUUUGAACUGGAGAGAAAACUCAAGGGACACGCUGCUUCAGCAAAACAUACCUAUGAUGCCUAGACUGAGAACCGCUAGUAAGAGCACAUUUUCAGGGUCUGACAAGAGUUCGCAACGAAAUGUGUACUACUGGGAAACGAACGAACUUGACUAUCAGAAUCCACCUCCGAGUCCCAGACGAGCUCUCGACCAGUACUUAUAUGUCAGUGGAGAUAAGACUAAGACCAACGCGUGUGCAAACAGUCCGAAUCUGGGGUAGCUUUCAGUACCUCUACCAAUCCGGUAAAACUUCAUGUACAUAUUAUUGCAAGCUGUCAGGGAACUUGUAAAGCGCCAGUUUAGAGUCAAAAAGGUAUCAGACAUGAACACAAGGACAUAAAUUUAGUAUCAUAUGCGCCGUUUAUUUUCUCUGGCAAUUUUCUGAUCUGGACCACGAAUAAUUUACUAACAUUGUAGUUGUGUCACUGUGAAGACAGGAGCUCUUCCUGUUUUAAGUACUUUUUGUUUUAUUUAUGCAACCAAAAUAAAUAAUAAAUUAAUUCGUC